AUGUGGGCGACCUUGGCCCGGGAAUCCUACACCCGGGAAUCCUUCGACCCGCCAGAAUUUAGCCCAAUGUUGCAUAGCCAGGGAAUUUUUGCGACUAGUGGGCUAGGAUUCAGAGACUUGCAGCUAAGACCAGACGGACAAGCUAACGGCCAUCUUCUCAGCUUCAUCAUCAUCGAAAAGAAGAACGUAUCUAUCUUUCUUUCAAAGUCCAAAAUGCACGCCCAAGCCACCAUUGUUGCCUCGCUAUUGGCCCUGGCCCCAGCCAUCCUCGCCGCCGAUUUUGGCUGCAUCAAGCCUGUAAAUCCCAUCCCAGCCGGCCCUCCAGGUGCCUGCUGCGAGGAAUUGAACCAGAGCCAUUUGCUCAAGUUCCUCUACACUGGCAAGAACUGUAUGUUUUGACCAUCAAUUGAACUGGAGUUGGCUACCUAAAACUAACUGUCCUCUCUACCCGUAUAGGCGUCCGCGCUACAAAGGUCUCCGAGGCCGAGGAUGGCUCAACCACUUACAGUGCGUGCUCUGGUUCCGCCAAAGCUGCCUGCUGUGAUCCUCUGCUGACGGCUCUGGACCACGCCACUAACCCUGCCUGUGUUCUUCCCUCCAACUAAUGGCUGCCGUACACAAUAUGUACAUAUUUAGCAA